AUGUGGCCGGUUCGGAGCAGCAACAACAAGAGUGCGGCCUGUUUGCGGUGCCAUAAGCAAGGUGGAAUGGGUGGAGCGAGGGUUUUGGAUGGUGACAACAAGUUGGAAGGGGAGGUUGCUAUUUCUAGAAGCAACAACAAGGUUAGAGGAAGGUUGGCUGCUGGGAGAUACAUUGAUGCUGCGACCUCACUUUUACGAUGGGGUGUAGCUGCUGAUGCAUGCAAUGCUGUAAACAGUCAAUGCAAGGCAUAUCUCAGUGCAAUUAUUGUCUAUCUUUAUUUGCACGAUUUCAAGCAAGCUCGGAAAUGCUAUGAUGAUUGCACACAGAUUGCAGCUUUCCUAAGUAGUGAUCAGAACCGCUGUGCAAGCAAGCUACUUUCUGCUUAUAGAGAAGGCGAUAUCGAAGAGAUCAAACGUGUAGCCCAAUCAAGCCCCAUUUCUCAUCUCGAUCAUGUGAUUAUUAGACUUGCAAGAAAAUUGCCAACAGGUGAUCUGGAUGGGUUAAAAAUAGAAGAUGCCGAUGAGCACGAAACUCUGAAUGAGGAUGAUUUAACUUGAAGAGAAAUAUAUUUAUGAUAAACAAUAUGUAAAAAAUUCUGAUUUUUUUAAUAA